AUGGACAUAGACGAACCUUUCAAUCCUGACUAUUACCAACACUUACUAUCGUCAUUGACAUUGAAUUCCCGAACGUUGAUUACUGAACUAACAACCAUUGCAGAAAAGAGUACAGACCAGGCAUCGGAAAUUGUUGAUAUUAUAGAAGAAAGAAUUAAAAAAUGUUUGCCACAGUAUAAGCUUUUUACGGUUUAUUUACUAGAUUCUAUUUGUAAGAAUAUAGGGAAUCCAUACAAUUUAUUAUUUGGAUCGAGGCUCUAUAAAAUUUUCACUGAAACUUACUUGGUUGUGACGGAUACACCCACAAGACAAAACUUAAUUAAUCUCUUCAAGACGUGGAGCAAUGGUAGGACCAAUUCUGGGUUGGAGUUAUUCCCUGCAAAAGUUAUACAAAAGAUCGAGCAGUUUAUAAUACGAGCCACCUCGAUUAGUCAAACAAAUCAGCCGAGUCUUCCAUUGAAACUAACUCCUGAUAUGCUAUUGAGAGAAGGCAACUGCUUAUUGCAGUACAUCAUUGUACUAAACGGCGAAUUGGAAAAAUUUCCCCAGACAAAUGAAAAGGUAAAGGAGUUCCUUGAUGCUAAUAAUAGGAUUCGAAAUAAUGUUAUCUCGGUAAUCAAUAAUGUUAGCGACAGUAUUCUAAGCAAUUCGAAGCAAGAGUUCGAAAACAACGUUACGUCCUAUCACACCGAUCUACAGGGGGCAAGGAAGGUGAUGGAUGAUCAAAGUUUCCAGCAGAAGCAAUUUUUGGGUCUGAAUACGUUUAAGGAAGAUACCAGUCAAAUUAAGAUUGAAAUCGACCUAACCCCCAAUUUGAAGUUUUUCCACUUCAAUACGCCUAUAUCUGAAGAUCCAGAUCUAUUAGAGUACGUGAAUGAUUGGGGCAAACCAAUAGUAGAGCGCAUAUCACAGAUUCCGAAACCCGAAGUGGCACGUCCAGUGAAAGCCCCGUUCAACAACCUACAAGAAGAACCCAAAUCAUCCUCUUCCACACCCGAACCAUUGACUAACUCCUUGGGAUUGAAUCUAGGGUCAGUAAACUUUAUGGACUCGUUCCUAGGAUCCCCCAAGAACGAAAUCUCCAAAUCCCCCAUCAACGAGAUCAACGAGAACCCCGUCGACUCGUACGACCCAGAACACAGCAUUGUCGAUGAAGAUUGGAUCCAUCCGCCUACAUCUCAUCCGAAUUUGAAAAGAAAGAACUCAAUUGAUAAACCUGUAAUUAAAAAAGUAAGAUUUGAUAUUUAG